UCUGGUAGUUAACGUAGAUUAAUAUUUCAUUAAUAACGUCAAUCUUCAUCUAUUUUUUUACAGAGUUCCCAACGGUGAACUUGAACAGUAAUGGUGGUACUAGAACGUGGACUAAUCUCCUGAACACAGUGUUAUAGAAUGGAGGUGAACUUAGUGUUUGUGAUUGGAUUUGUAUCGGUGCUGGUCGCGUUGUACUUCUACCUGACGGGCAAUAAUAAAUUCUUCGAGAGUUAUCCCAUCCCAUGUCUACCGGUAGAGCCAUUGUUUGGUAGCUACCGACGGAUAUUGCUGAAGAGGAUUUCAUUAAUCAGCUUCAUUCGCUCAAGUUAUGAACUAUUCCCGGAUGCAAAAAUGUACGGCAUGUUCGAGAUGCUAACGCCAAUGUUUGUCAUCCGCGAUCCGGAGCUGGUGAAGCGCAUCACGGUGAAGGACUUUGAUCACUUCAUCAACCAUCGACAGUUGAUAUCGGUAGUGGAGAGCACAACUGCCAACAACUCUUCCGUCGUAUUUACGAAGGCACUCUUCAAUCUCACCGGGCAACGGUGGCGAAAUGUGCGUACUACGCUCAGCCCUACGUUUACUGGCAGCAAGAUGCGCCAAAUGUUGUCUCUGAUUGUGGAGUGCAGCGAAAAUAUGGUACAGGCACUGGCACACCCUGCCGCAGAGGAGUACGAAAUGAAGCAGCUUUUCAUAUGCUUCACUAACGACGUUAUUGCGUCCUGCGCGUUUGGAGUACGCGUCAACUCAUUCCAGGACAAACAGAACGUUUUCUUCCGCAACGGUAAAAACUUAUCGAACUUCGGUCGACUGCAUGUUUUUCUCAAGAUAAUGGGAUACCAGGUGUUUCCGAAGUUGAUGAACUGGCUAGAGAUAGAUAUAUUCGAUCGCAAACAUGUAGAAUUCUUCACGGAACUAUUUAAAAAAUCGGUCCAGGAACGUGAGCAACAUGGUAUCAUUCGUCUAGAUAUGAUCCAUCUACUGAUGCAAGCCAGCAAAGGAAAGCUGCGACAUCAGCCUCAAGAGCGCGAGGAAGUGGAAAGCUUUGCAACGGCGAAAGAAUCAAAUGAUGAGAAGAUUCUACCAGACGCUGUAGUGACGCUUAGCGAAACUGAAAUGGUGGCUCAAUGCUUGAUAUUCUUUUUGGCUGGUUUCGACAUAAUCGCCACUUCAAUGUCCUUCCUGAUGUACGAGGUAACGAUUGCAUCCGACAUUCAACAACGACUGUACGAAGAGAUCCGACAAGUGUCGGAUUCCCUGGAAGGUAAAUCGCUCACCUAUGACGCACUGCAAGGUAUGCGCUAUCUGGACAUGGUUGUUUCGGAGACGCUACGAAAGUGGCCACCGAAUCCUGCUUCUGAUCGACAAUGCAACCUGGAUUACAAGGUGGAUGGUGAGGGUGAUGCUCCUGAUAUCGUCAUCCCGAAGGGUGCUAUAGUGUCGAUCCCUAUCGUUGGACUGCAUCAUGAUCCACGUUACUAUCCCGAUCCAGAUCGUUUCGACCCGGAGCGAUUCAAUGAGGAGAACCGACAGAAUAUUCCAUUGGGAGCCUACAUUCCGUUCGGAAUAGGGCCACGCAACUGCAUCGCAUCCCGAUUCGCAUUGAUGGAGGUGAAGGCCAUCGUGUAUCAUUUGUUACUGCACUUUGAGUUUCUGUGCUGCGAUCGUACGCAAGUACCAAUACAGCUGGGAAAAGGUUUCACCCCUUUGCAGGCAGAAAAAGGCAUCUAUCUACAGCUGAAACCUCGGCAGAGGAAAUAGUUGUCUCAUUUGCAAAUGCACCAUGAAUCUCAAUUCUUUAGUACACGCUAUGACAUUUGUAAAACGAUCAGUAUUGCACUAACAAGGGUUAAUA